GGUCGGAGUAGCAUGCGUAAACGAUGAUCAGUGAUUUCCAAAGUGCGGACAUAGUUUGCAACUAUGGGUCAUCAUGCAUCAGUGAUAUGGCGACUACUCGCGCACUCCGCUGGACAACCACGAAUCGUCAUAUUUAUAGGCAUAUUCUGUAGGACUCCCAUGUGGUCAACCCUUUCAGCGCCGCUACUUUGGAUAUCGUCUGCUGGCAUAUAUCUGCACAAGAAGCAUGGCGUACCCGUCCUCAGUGAGUCACUGAGAGCGCACCCAUUUCUGGUCUCAGUAUCAACCAACAUAAUAGGACCACGAGUGAUUCCUUUGCUUAUCCUCAUUGUUUUGACAUAAUGAAGCUCCGGUAACGCUUCGCAAAACCAACGACUCACUUCGUGAACGCUCGACAGCCUAUCAGAAAACGAGUUCACUUUCGCUUGUUGCCGUUCAGGGCCGUGGCACGCUGUGGACUUUUCAAAACAGUGUUCUAAGCCUAAAUUCUUGGGCAAGAAGGGCGUUUCUGUAGCGUCACGAUCCUUAUCUGAUCGUUGGCAAACGGGCAAACAAAUGCAUAAGCAAGUGAGUGUUGCUGGACAAAAGAUAACCGAGAAACAUAUUUUUCGGUGGGUUUUGUGCCAUUGACUUUGAUCUCCCCGUCUGGUUCGUCCGUUAGUGAUUCGUAGUUUGUUCGCAAAGUUUUGGG